ACCAAAAACACAAAAAAUCGAGAAAAUAUAUAUAUCAAACAGUAGUCCUUGAAAUUUACACGGUCAGUCAGUGUGGUUUGUUCGGUGCUUAAAAUCAUAGCUCAAAAAGCAACGUAGAGGUUCAGUAACAAUAUUAAAAAAAAAAAAAAAAUUUGUAAAAACAAAAAAAAAAACAAAGCAAAAUUGUCGUUUCAAUAAAUUUUUUGGUAAACAUUAAAGUAAAUAUUAAUUAUGUCGAAGGCAACAAAGCUGCGUUUUGCGCUGAUCACCGAGGAUGUUUUGGACAAACUAAGGCCCAGAUCUCAAUCGGAAAACUCUAGAUCGAAGAACAUGGAUGAGAUAUAUGCGGCCAUAAGGACGACGGUCAUUGAAGUUGUGGAUCAGAGGUUUGAGCAACUGAACGCCACUAUCAAUCAGCUGGUUGAGGAUAGAAUAGCCAAGAUAUUGGAUCACCAAAAUAGAGUGGCAGCCCUAGCGGUCGAAUCGACCAGUUUCCUGAAGAAACGAAGCCCAAAACGUCAUCGUCUGCCCAAAAAGGGCCCUUCAUCGCAGGAGGAGCAGUUGCACUCCAGGUCAGAGGAUCAGUUACCCAAGAGAGCCCGGACCAAGGCCCAGAAAAUCACCGUGAUGCCCAUCCAUCGGGAUGCCCACGUGCGCAGUACUGUCCGUACUCCCUUGAACAAUCCAACUUUGGCACCACCAACACCCACACCACUCAGCAUGGAUCGCAAUGACCUCGGUGAUGAUGAGGAUGGUGAGGACUUUCUGGAUGGCCGGGACCCCUCCAUUUUGACCCUCGCCGCUCAAUAUCUCAAGAAACUCGAGGACGCCCGAGAUCGCAAAAACCAGCAGUAUCAGCAUCAGCAAUUACCCUAGAAAUGGUUUAAAUCCAGCAAACAGAAGCCCACUUUUAAUUUAGUCUUUGAAUGGACUACAAUCCCCCGAUUUCCAUUUGGGCAGUGCAUAAAUAGUCGGGCAUGGUGCAAUUUAAAUGAAGUGACUUACCAGGCGGGGCUCAUAGACUGAUAAACAUUGACUCUUGAAGCUUAAGACUUCCAGUUAGUCUUGAAAAAUUAGUUGAAAAAUGUAAAUAAAUUCAGUGAA